CUGUGGAGGGCAAUAGACAGUUGGUGUUUUGUCUUGUGUGCUGCUCCAGAUUCUGGCAUCUGCAGUCUCUUCUGUCUCCAUGACCCUCUCAUCAGUCUGGUAGACAGAGAGCAUGGAGAUGAAGGGCUGAAGGGCCCCAUUUGGCACUGUUCCAUAGUAUGAGUCAAAGAGAAGGGUGAUGCUGCAGUGGAAAUUUCUCAGUAGUAAUGCCAAUCUGGCUGACGCCAUGUUCUCUGCAGAAAUCCCGUGGCUAUAAGGUGCCGGUCACUGAAAUGGACGUGGCUGAUCUGGAGAAGGAGAAGUAUCGGGAGCCAGUGAAGGGCAGCAGAGUCCAGGCGGUGAAGGGUGAAGAAAGAGUGAGGAAGACUUCAAGGGAUCUACGUCAAGAAAUAAUUAGUCUGGGUGGAAUCCAAAAUCUAAUAGAACUUCGAAAGAAGAGAAAAGAGAAGAAAAAAAUCCCGCCUCCCGAACCAGAGAAGGAGGAAGAGGAAAUUACAGGCCCAGUGGAAGCGUCCGUGUUCUUGACGGCUGCGGUUCGGGGAAAGAUCAAAGUCAUCGAGAGGUAUCUGGCCAACGGCGGAGAUGCUGACGCCUGUGAUGAGUUCAAGCGGACAGCUCUGCACAGAGCCUCACUGGAAGGUCACACUGACAUUGUCACCAAACUUCUGGAAGGGGGGGCAACGGUUGACUUCAGCGACAGGCUCGACUGCACGGCUGUUCACUGGGCCUGUCGAGGAGGGAGGCUGGAGGUGCUGAAGAUUCUGCGGGAGAAAGGGGCCUCAGUGAAUGUCCAUGACAAGCUUCUCAGCACCCCGCUGCACGUCGCCACGCGGACAGGCCACGUCGAGUGCGUGGAAUAUCUCAUUGCCUGUGGCAUCGACAUCAACGCCAAGGACCGGGAGGGGGAUACAGCACUGCACGACGCAGUCCGACUGAGCCGCUACAAGAUCACCAAACUGCUCAUCUUGCAAGGUGCUGAUUUGAGGACCAAAAAUGAGGAGGGGAAGACUCCAAUUGACUUGGUGCAGCAAUGGCAAAUGGAAACUAAAGAUGCCCUUGCUCAGGCAAACUGA